UAUUAUUUUCAGACAAACCAAUCCCCUUACCUAAAAUGGGAAAUGGGAGAAAACGAAGAGAACAAAGAGGAAUAGAAGAAAAGGGGCGUGGACAAUGGAGCUUUUCUAUCUCUUAAGCUCCAUCCUGUCCACCUUCCUCACUUCCCUCACUCUCUCCCUCCUCCUCCCCUUCAAGACUCUCCUUCGCCGCUUCUCUUCACGCGCCGCCCCCUCUUCCUCCGUCUCACUAUACGGAGGCACCGUCUGGCACGAGCGUCGCCGCCCCGUUCACCACUCUUUUCGCUAUGACGUCCGCUACGCGCUCAUUGACUUGGACCACGAGCCACAAGGCCUCCCCAACCACCUCUCCGCCGAGGAAGCUCGCCGCAUUGCCGGCACCAAUGGCCGGACUUUGCUUUUGACAAUACCGCAAAGUGUGGGAUACGAGCAGAACCCAUUGAGCUUGUACUACUGCUAUGAUAGUGAUGACCAGCUUUUGCAAAAGUGCAUUGCCGAGGUAACCAACACACCAUGGGGAGAAAGAGUGACAUUUGUUUUCAACCCAAAUUCUGAUUUAGUGGCAAAGCCAUUGCAUGUCAGUCCUUUUAUGGAUAUGUUGGGGGAUUGGAGUAUCAGAGCAAAUGCUCCUGACGAUGAUCUAUUUGUUUCAAUUUCAGUUCAACACCCUGAGCUUGGUAAUUAUUUCACAGCUACCCUAAAAGCCAAAAGGGUAUCCUCAUCAUUGGUGUUUGAUCAUGCACUGUUUUUCUGGUUGAUGCCGCACAAGGUUGCAGUGUGGAUAUAUUGGCAUGCCUUCAAACUCUGGUGGAAGAAUGUAUCAUUUGUCCAACACCCAAGGUACACCAACCCUGCAUACAGGGAGGAAGCUUUGGAACGUGAUGAAAAACUUCAGUGCCGUCAGGCUGCCGGAUUGGACAAAGAUAAGCAGCAUCUGCAAUUUGAAGGAAGUGGUCAAGGCUGUAUGGCUAGCAGGAAAAGCGAGGCUCGUUUUUGUACAUGGAGAGAUGCAAAGUGGCCUUGGUCUUAACUCCGAACGGUAGGACUUAGUGUUGUCCUCUAUGUUAACAUGGGAAGCAGCACUGGAUUUGGGUAGUUCUCUUUGUUCUUGUUCCCUCCAAAGUUUGUAUUUUGGUAGUAUUCUACACAGUAGAAAAACCCAUUGAACAUUAAAAUACAUAAUAACGCAAGCUAUAAACCUAGACUGUAGCAGAUUUUAGGAAAAGAUCAAAGCAGAUUAUGUUUAUGUCUCUUUUUGGGACACAAAUUAUGUAUCAAUCUAUGUGGAUCAGUUAAGCU